UAAAAGAAAGAACAGCAGAGAAAAACAAGGAAUUUGUGAAAAAUGACGCGGUAAUUGUUGCCUACAUGCGCCUUCCCAGGAAAGCAGCAAUAAUGUGGCACAACAACACGGUGCUCCUGCUCCUGGCGGCAGUUGCACACAUACUUUCGAACGUUGUGACUAGUGCCGAACAUGUUCCUCCUCCUCUACCUCUAAUCAUAAGCAAAAACACAACAAACGAAACCAACACUAGCAACAACAGCAACAAAGUGCCUACGUCCAAUGCCGAUGGUGGCUACAUGCCGUUCCAGCAGUCAGCAGCCAGUGUCUUCUUUAUAAACUACAAUCAGCAAAACGUUGUGCAGCUGCGGCAGAACCUAGAGAGCAAGCUGCACAGCAUACGUAACUUGGAAAUACAGGUGUCCAAAAUACAGGAAAUCUUUGAUUCCAUACAUUUUACCAGCGCAGUGAAUACGCGCCCAUCGCCUAGUGGCAGUGGCAAUGAGAGUGUGCUGUCCAAUCCGCAGCUGCAGCAGGAUUUGCAGGUGUUUGGCCAACGCUUGGGACGCAAACUGCAGCGUGCCACACAUGUGGUGCUGGAUCUUCGCGAUUUAUUGCGUUACAAUCUGAGCAAAGUGUUGCUGCAGCAGCAUAACUACGACGAUGAAAGUGAUGAUGAGCUUGAAAAUGAAUUCGAUUUUGAGUUGGAUGAGACAGAUAGCAGUAGCGCUGGCAGUCAUGAGCAUAUGCAUCUUUAUCUGAAUACGCAGAUUGAAAACUGGCAGCCGGAGUAUGAGACGAGCGCCAUACACUAUAACAAGCAGCAGAUACAGAUACUAAAUUAUCUCAAAUCGGAUGAGUCGGCACGUGGCACCUUUCUAAAUGAAAACAAUGCGCGUUCUCUAGCCGUCAAUAGCUACAUAGCAGAUCAGCUAUCGAUCUUAAGGCAGCGUCUAAGUCAUAGCUCUAACGAGCCCGAGUACAGCGGCAACAACAAGCCCAGCAAUAGUAUUAGCCACUUUAAACAUAUAUAUUUCUUGUCCAAUAGCGAUGGCGCACCAGUCAAUGCGCAUUUUCGUCAACUCUACGUCUCGGCCAUUAAGCGCAAGUUUGUGCUUUUGCUUAUAGAUGUGGGUUCUGCGAUGAAUGCAGAGCUUUUUGACAUAACCAAGAGUUUUAUUCAAGAACUGCUGCAGCUGCUGGAGGAUACUGAUUAUAUUUCAUUGGUCACGGUCUCCAACGAGGUCGACUUUAUGUUUCUAGAUGCAUAUCCCGCUGCUGCUGCUCAUGGCAUUUAUAGCGCGACACGCGCACAUAAAGAUGAGAUACUUGCCUAUAUAAAUAACCUUAGUCUGGCACGCGCGCCUACCAAUCAUACGCUGGGCUUUGAGUAUGCUUUCCAAAUGCUGCAGCGUCUGCAAAAGUCGCAGCUCAUACACAGCGCCGAGCAGCCCAUAGAACUGAUUUAUGUGACACGUGGACUGCUUAACAAUUUGUCCGAUGCUAUGCAUGUGUUACGCGUAGUGGCGGCAGGGCAGCGUCUUAUGCAGGCCCCCAUAAUGAUCAACACUUGUGCUGUAGUGCUCGACGAGAAACGCAUUAUGUAUGAAAAGCAAUUUCUAAGCGAUGUCGCUACGCAGAACUACACCAAGUAUGACAUCGAUGUCAGCGCCUGGCUAACGACAGCUCAGCAGGCGCAGCUGGCCGGACGCUUCUUUGUGCUGAACAAAAUGCACGCGGAGACCAUACCACGUGCCAGCAGUCGCAGCUUUACUCAGCUGUUUAACGAGCGUUAUCUAAGCGAUACAUUGGAGGUCCAUGCUCCAGUGGUGGACGCAGACAGCGGCGAUGUGCUUGUGUCCAUAACACAUGCUGUGCCGCCUUAUGGCGUUGUGGGCGUCAACUUAUAUCUGGCCGACUUGCUGGAGGAUUUGUUGAACUAUCCAAAUGCUGCGCCAGCUGCUAAGCAGGGCUUUAAUUAUGCUUUUCUUUUGGAUCGCAGUAGCGGCAAUACGCUAACACAUCCAGCCUUUCCACGACCGCUCAUCCAACGCGAAACCGCCUAUCCAGUGAACAUAGCCUGUCUGGAGAAUGCUACGGAUUUUCUUAGCAUACGACAGCGCAUGCUGCAGGAGGAACGUGGCAAUGCCAGCACAAGCGUGCAUCUGGGCAAGCAGCAGCUGCAGCGCAGCUAUUACUGGCAAUCCGUGUUGGGCAUCUAUGUGCUGUGCCUGGUGAGCACCACUAGCAUUAGCGGCAGCGCCUUGCAUAAUGCCACAGCAGCGCUGCAACGUUAUAAUCUGAACGAAGCUGUUGUUAACUAUGAUGCGGGCUAUUAUGGCGACAGCAUGGAUUUGUUGUACCAUCGGCUGGACUUGCUGCAGAGCGGCAGCAGCGGCGCACCCAAAACCUGUCGUUACUUCAGACAACUGGCCACCUUAGAUGCGCCUACAUUAUUUUUGAGCGCCGCCGCCUUUGAGUCGCCUUUUGCCUUUUUGCACAACAAUCGUCCGCGCACACAGCAACUGCACGUGGAGUCUAUAAUGCCUUAUUUGCGUGACUCCAGCGGUCUGCUGGCCAAUCCUGGGCUGCGUCCACGCAUACGUCAUGAUGUGAGCGUGCUGUAUCAGGCUAUGCAGCAGCUGCGUCGACGUCAUCAGGAUGCACGUGGCGCACUGCGUGGACACAUUAUAAGACGCUAUAUAGCAAGCGUUAGCGGUGUGCUCUUGCUGUAUCCAGGCUGCCUGCUGAGCAGUAGCUACGAUGCCACACGACGUCCCUGGUUUAGGCAGGCAAUGGCGCAGCCUGGACGCAUUGUCAGCACAGCGCCCUAUCUGGAUGCAGGCGGUGCAGGCUAUAUUAUUACCAUAGCGCAUACUAUAUUCGAGGGCAAGGCGCACGCUUUGCAUUCAGCGCAACAGGAUCGUCCCGUCGCCGUCGUGGCUUUGGAUGUGCCCUACGCCUUUUAUAUGCGCCUCAUCUUGGACAGCACGCCAUUGUGCCAGCUGCCGCAUAUGAAGUGCUUGCUGUUCGAACAUGAGGGCUAUCUAUUGGCUCAUCCCAGCAUGCUGGAGGUAUCCACCAGCGCACGCAAUCAGCGUCGCCCGCAUGAGCAUCUGACGCACAAGGAGUCCUAUUUGGCCAACGAUAUGCUCAAUCAUGCACAGCUGGUGCGCAAACUGGGCUGCGCCAGCUAUCAAAAUCGCACGCUGCAGCGUUAUUAUGCAUUCAACACCUCGCUAGUGAACAUACUGGGCAAUGUGGUGCAUGGCGAGCGCACCAAGUAUGCCAUUGCCUUGUUGCGCGGCAGCAAUCUGUUUGCCGCUGUGCUCAACUCCAGCUGCGAUGGCGGCGCCUUUUGCCCCUGCAGCACCAUUGAUCGCGUUUGUCUCAACUGCAAGCGCAUGGAUCAGACGGACUGUGAGUGCCCCUGCGAGUGUCCCAUGAUAACCAACGAUGACUGUGCCAACUAUACGCAACAGUUUCCCUACUGCGCGCCACCAAGUGAACAUUUCCUGGCGCUGCCCAGCAACAGUCAACUGCUCAAUACGCUGGCCAGCUGUCCGACGGCAGCGCCUGCCUGUGAAACGCACGUCACGCAGCAGCAGUGUCUGGGCAUGCUGGGCUGUGAGUGGUGUCAACAGGAUGUGGAGGGCAAUAGCUUUGGCACUGCAUUUUGUGCCACGCAAGCGGGCUGCUUUAAUGGCGUGCUUGCCUCGCAGACGCCCUACGGUGAGCUGGACGAGCUGGAGCAGCUGGCGGCGCAUAAUCCGCAACGUGAGCAGCAUGCCUACUCUGCUUUUGGACCGCUCGGUGGCGCCAUUGUGGUGCUGGCUGUGGUCAUCUGCUUUGCCAUUUACUGCUAUCGUCAUAAUCUGGAUGCACAGGCGCAGGAGCAGUUCUAUGUGGACUCUGUGCAGGAGGAGAACUAUGGCUUGCCCUUGUCACGCUUCAAUUUCGAUGACUGCCAGACGCACGAUGAGCCGCCACUGGGAUAUGAUCAUGCUGCUGCCCAGCGUCAGCUGAUGCAUGCGGCUGACAUUUCGCCAUAUCAUGUGUCCAGCGGCAGCAGCUACUACAGAAGACCGCCCAAUGGCGAGUCGGAUCAUGGCUACAGCACGAUGACGCCGCACGAGGAUAGCUCUGAUCAGCAGUGCUUUACGCUGGCGGAGCCGCUGCUGCUGCAUGAUAAGCGGCAUAGUAAAUCGGACACCAUGUCCAUAUCCACAUCCAUAUCGAGUCCCACGAAUCGCCAGCAAGGCAGCCAAACUCAUCCGUAUCUAAGCAAUCAGCCUGCCAAUAAAACGGAGCGCUACAAGCAACAGGCCACGCCCUCGCCCUGCCGUGUGGGCGCAGUCUAUGGGCAGACAACGCUGCCGCUGGAACUGGAGGGGGACGAGCAGCAGUCACAAACGCCUCGCUCGCAUUAUAUACUGGCGCCAGUCACUGUACAUCGGCAUAUGGAAACCGCCGAGUCGUAGUUGCAGUUACGCCAAUUAGCUUGUUAAGUUUAAAGUUUUAACUAUGUUAAGGCGUCCGCUUGUUUGCCAAUUUAUAUGUAUUUUAUAUAUAAUUAGUUUUAUAUUUUACGCAGUUCAACUGACACACAAACAUACACACACUUAUCAAAAAAACCAACUGCAAUGGAAAACUUAUGCCAGCCAAUAUUUAAACUUAAGUCUUUUAGAUUGUUAAUUGCUCUGCCAUUUUUUUUUUUUUUGUUUUGUACUGCCAAUGUCCAUGUAUUGUAAUUUACAGCGAAAAGUAUUAUUAUGCAGCUACUUCCAAUAUUUUAUAGCAUUUAUUUAUUAAGUCAACCCACAACAACAAUUAAUUGUACUUAUUAUACGAUACGUAACUAGAGCGUAUACCUUUUUGUAAUAGCUCCUAACUCCGUAAAGUGAGGUUACUAAUUCAUAAUUUUAAUAUGUAUACCAUAACUUGAACGUUUCCAAUAAAAAAACACACAUGUUUA